AUGCAAAAUUUUACUAAUCACGAACAACGACAAAUGACACCAACUAAUAGAAAUUUCAUAACUCAACAACAACAGCAACAACAAGAUGGUUCUCGAUCGUCUCACGAUUUAUUCGUGUCGCCACCGAUUAAACCUCCCAAUUAUGAAUCUACAAAUAGUAAAGGUAAAAAAAUGUUGGCUUCUAUAGGCUAUAAAGCGGGUGAUGAAUUCGAUGAUGCGGAUUUCGACAGUGACAAUUAUGGAGAAAAUCGGGCCAUGGAAGGUAUAACUACUAUAGACACUGCAGCGGUAAAAGAUUUAUUUACAGAAGAAUAUUACAAAGAUUUCGAUACGUUUAAAAAAAUGAAUUUAACAGAUUCUGAUAAUCUAGACGAAUUUUAUUCAUUUGCCAGUUCGUUGAGCGAAAUGCCAGCUAUGGCUAGUGCAAUGUUUUUGAUGAUGUAUCGUGCUAAAUAUCCAAAUUUAUUUGAAAAAUAUGCCAGUCUCGAGUCGUAUUUCUUAUUUGUCAUUAUAAGUAUAACUAAUAACGGUUUUGAAAAUUUUAAAAGAUAUUUGGGAUCCAAAAAUCCAACAGUAAACAAUUUCAUACCUUUACGAAAAAAACAAUUGUCAAAAUUUGCGCAAAUGAGAAACAAUAGAAAACGAUCCAUUGAUGAAUCCCAAUUGAGCGACAUUAACCAAAAUAAUCAAUCCAUUACGAGUGAAAAUCAUAACACUCCGAGGCAUCCCAUGUUGUACACAACGUACUAUAAUCAGAAACGAAUAUUAUUCCAUAUCGGUGAUAUGGCAAAGUAUUUAUUACCGUUAGAUUUUUCCAUAUCUGAAGCUCAGCCGAGUUUAAGUACCAUUACAAUAUAUUUAAAAACGAAUAAAAAUAAAGAAGUUCCGGGUGCGGAAGUACGAUUUGGUGUACCGGUAUUGUGUCGUCUGAACAAACGAAAUAUUGUAAACUAUGUAUAUAACUUCGUCGAUAAAGCAGAAAUGAUUUUAGAAUUUGUAACUAAAUGUUUUGGAACUCAAUCGAAACAUAUAAACACUUCGAUCAAAAUAAAUCAAAAUUACAAUAUGUUAACAGAUAUAAACCGUACUACUGUACUAGUAAAAAUGAAUUUCCGGCAGAAUCAAUGUACGCGAUCAUACCAAUGUUUUCAUUUUAUAAUAUGUUGA